AGGACCCCUGCUGGCAAGCCGUACAGGACCGGGAGCCGCGCCCCGGAACCAUGGCCUUGAGCGAACUGGCGCUGCUGCGCUGGCUGCGGGAGAGCCGCCACUCGCGGAAACUCAUCCUUUUCAUCGUGUUCCUGGCGCUGCUGCUGGACAACAUGCUGCUCACCGUUGUGGUCCCCAUCAUCCCCAGCUACCUGUACAGCCUGGAGCACGAGAAGAAUAUGACAGCAAUGCCGACAGCCAAGCCCGCACUGCCGGCCUCCGCCCCGGGCCGCUUCCAGAACAUCUUCUCCUAUUAUGACAACUCCACCAUGGUCACUGGGAAUGCUACCGGGAACCUGCAGCAGGGGCCACUACUCCGGGCCUCUGCCACCACCCCACACCCGGUGACCAACGUGACUGCCACCCCUUCCGACUGUCCCAGGGAAGACAAAGACCUCCUGAAUGAGAACGUGCAGGUUGGCUUGCUGUUUGCCUCCAAAGCCAGCGUGCAGUUCCUCACCAACCCUUUCAUAGGGCUGCUCACCAACAGGAUCGGCUAUCCCAUUCCCAUGUUUGCCGGAUUUUGCAUCAUGUUUAUCUCAACCAUCAUGUUUGCCUUCUCUACCAGCUAUGCCUUCCUGCUCAUCGCCAGGUCACUGCAGGGCAUCGGGUCUUCCUGCUCGUCCGUGGCUGGGAUGGGCAUGCUGGCCAGCGUUUACACGGAUGACGAAGAGCGAGGCAAUGCCAUGGGGAUUGCCUUGGGAGGCCUGGCCAUGGGGGUGUUAGUGGGCCCUCCCUUUGGGAGCGUGCUGUACGAGUUUGUGGGGAAGACAGCUCCAUUCCUGGUGUUGGCCGCCUUGGUGCUGUUGGAUGGAGCUAUUCAGCUCUUUGUGCUACAGCCAUCCCGUGUGCAACCAGAGAGCCAGAAAGGGACACCCCUGACCACCCUGCUGAAGGACCCAUACAUCCUCAUUGCCGCAGGCUCGAUCUGCUUUGCAAACAUGGGGAUCGCCAUGCUGGAGCCAGCCUUGCCAAUCUGGAUGAUGGAGACCAUGUGUUCCCAGAAGUGGCAGCUGGGCAUUGCUUUCUUGCCCGCCAGUAUCUCUUAUCUCAUUGGAACCAAUAUUUUUGGGAUACUUGCACACAAAAUGGGAAGGUGGCUUUGUGCUCUUGUGGGAAUGAUCAUUGUUGGAGUCAGCAUUUUAUGUAUUCCUUUUGCAAAAAACAUUUAUGGCCUCAUUGCUCCCAACUUUGGAGUCGGUUUUGCCAUUGGGAUGGUGGAUUCGUCAAUGAUGCCCAUCAUGGGCUACCUCGUGGACCUGCGGCAUGUGUCAGUUUACGGGAGUGUGUAUGCUAUUGCCGAUGUGGCUUUUUGUAUGGGAUAUGCAAUAGGUCCUUCUGCCGGUGGUGCUAUUGCCAAGGCAAUUGGCUUUCCGUGGCUCAUGACAAUUAUUGGGAUCAUUGAUAUUCUUUUUGCUCCUCUCUGCUUCUUUCUUCGGAGUCCACCUGCCAAGGAGGAAAAAAUGGCUAUUCUCAUGGAUCAUAACUGCCCCAUUAAAACAAAAAUGUACACUCAGAAUAACAUACAGUCAUAUCCACUAGGUGAUGAAGAAGAAUCUGAAAGCGACUGAAACCCUCAUCAUCAUCAGAGUAUUCAAUUGUAGGAAAGCUUCUCCAGUGACAUGACUCAUCCAGAACUGUCUUAGUCUUACCAUGCCUCCCUGGUGAAAAACAACCAAAGGUUAUUAUUUCUUUUCCAUGGUUAUGAUUGAUUGCCAAUAGCCUUAUAAAGAAAAAGCUUUUCUAGGGAUUUGUAUAAAUAGUGUUGAAACUUUAUUUUGAGUAUUUGGUUUUAUUAAAUAUUAUACAAUAUAUUUUCACGAAAUAUGUAAAUCUAUAAAUGUUUGAAUCCAAAUCAAGUAUUUUUUAACUUACAUUCACAAACACUUGGGCAAAAGAAAAACAUAUUUUUUUCUGAAUAUUGGUAAUGAAUGUUUAAAGCACAUACUGAGACUCUUUCAACGAGACACUAGAAGUCUGCAAAACAGAAUCAAGACAGCGUACAUUACAUAGUGACACUGAAC